ACGGAGCGGAGGCCCCCCAUUUCGGCUUGCAGUCUCACUCAGAAAAACCCCAACAAUAGUAAGGACUCCGCCUCCUCGCUUCGCCCUCUCCCCUUGCUAGUUAGGGGUUCGCUGCUGUACUCGACAUCUUUCCGUUCCCACUGCCCUCCGGAGUCCCAGGGGCAGGGUCAGAGCUGAGAGAAGAGCAGCAGGAGAGGGGCGGCAGGAUGAAUGUGGGAACGGCGCACAGCGAGGUGAACCCCAACACGCGGGUGAUGAACAGCCGUGGCAUCUGGCUGUCCUACGUGCUGGCCAUCGGGCUCCUGCACGUCGUGCUGCUCAGCAUCCCCUUUGUGAGCGUCCCCGUCGUCUGGACCCUCACCAACCUCAUCCACAACAUGGGCAUGUACAUCUUCCUGCACACGGUGAAGGGGACACCCUUUGAGACCCCAGACCAGGGCAAGGCAAGGCUGCUGACCCACUGGGAGCAGAUGGACUAUGGGGUCCAGUUCACGGCGUCUCGGAAAUUCCUGACCAUCACCCCCAUCGUGCUGUACUUCCUCACCAGCUUCUACACCAAGUACGACCAGAUCCACUUCAUCCUCAACACUGUGUCCCUGAUGAGCGUGCUCAUCCCCAAGCUGCCCCAGCUCCACGGCGUGCGGAUUUUUGGAAUCAACAAGUACUGAGGGUGCAGCCCCUUCCCCUGCCCGGGAUGGCAGGGAGGGGCAGAAGCCUGUGCUGUGAGGCUGACGAUGACGGAAGGAGCCUCUGGGUACCGCCAGGGAUGGGGGUGGCACCUCGGGGCCCCAGUUUCCCCCUCUCUUCCCCCGCUAGCAGACUCGAAGUAGCUUGUAGUGGGUUGGGGCGGGCCCCGCUGGGGCUCUGACCCCUGCGAUUUUUUUGAUCUUUUUCCUUUUGCCUUUUGGAUAGAGACCCUGCAGGGUGGUCUUGGAAUGGGCUGGGCCUCUGGGCUGGACACAGACUUGCAAGGUUGAGGCAAGAGGCCAGGGAACGCCCCGGCUCCCUUGCUCAUCCUCAGACUGCUAAAGCACUUUACCCCCCGUGACGGGGGCAGAGGGGACGGUACAGCUUCUAGUUUGUUUCACUUUAAUUCUUAAGUCUUUAGAACGACACUCAGUGCGUGCUUCUAUGUAUAUAUAUAUAUGAAAGCAGGUGUGUGACACGCCUCAUCCCUCUGGGUAGCGAAUUGUCUAAGCCAGGUCAAAGAGCUCCCGUACAGCCCACCCGGGGUACUGGGUGCGAGUGGAGAGGGUGAGGAGAAGGAGGGCGGGGCUGAGUGUGGCUGGCGUGGUCCCAGGGGUGGGGGGCCAGGGCUGCCGCCAUCCUGGCCCUGGUGGAGGUGGGGAGGGGCUUUGGGGCCGGGGUGGGCAUGGUGAAUUUAGACUUAGAGGAAUGGGGCCACAUGGCAGCAGGGGUUGGCGUGGGAGGGGGGGGGAGAGACCCAACCUCAUUCUUUGGGAAGCAGUCCGGGAGGGGGGCAGGCCUGGAGGGGUCCUGUACCUAUAGCACGGAUCGGGUAAUAGGAAGGGAGGCUGCUGUGGGUUGGAAGCUCCUGGGUUGGCGUGAGGGGGUGGAGAUGGGCGGGAAGGGCCCACGAGUCAUGAAAGCACAGGUCCAGUUUGACGCUGUCUCUGCAGUGGUGUGCGGGGCGUGGGGACACUGGGACUGAAACGAUGAAUGGUGGCCCGUUUGUAACCUCCUGGUGCAGACAGGGGCAGGGCCUCUCGUGUGACAUGCACAUUGGGGGCCAUCAGGCCACAUCCCAGACAGGGUUGCUGGGCUGCAGAGUCCUGCACGGUCCCUGGAGGAGCAGGGAGUGAUGGGAGCGACCUCAGGGUGCUGCCAGCUCAGGCUGAGGAGGUGGCUGGGGUCUGACUGGGGUCUGUGCUCCUUCUGAGGUGUGGGUGCCAGGGCCUCGGGGGAAGUGGGGGAGGUCACCGGCCCUAUUUUCAGCCUCCUGGUCCCCCCAACCCCCACCCCAUGUAUCAUAGGGAACUUUCACCUCAAAAUCUUUCUAAGCAAAGUGUGAAUAGGAUUUUUACUCCCUUUGUACAGUAUUCUGAGAAACGCAAAUAAAGGACCGUGUGUUCCUAUUU